GAUUCUCUCAGCUAGGGGGAAACGCAAACUGACGUCACACAGGGGCCGAGCCUGUAAUUAGCAUACGCGUUUUUUUGCUGUCUGGAGCAGUUGGGGAAACGCAGAUUGAUGUAACAACGGAGCUUUUUGCAGCUACGCGGACCACGUUAGUGUUCCAGGAUGAUCUGCAGCAGGAUGAGAGGCUAACAACAGACAUGUGGACACCGCAGGGCGAACACCAGCAGCAGGCAGCAGUGGGAGAGAUUUCCGGAGCAGCUAACAAAGAGGAGCGGUCUCGUUUGGAACAAAAUAAGCUGCAUCACAAAACCGUGGAGGCUGUUUUCAACCCCCGAGUUCUGAUGCACAGAUUAGAUGUUCAGCAGAUGCUGUUGGUUAAAGAUGAUGCUCCAAAAGACCAGAGUCCUGGUGUUGACCUCCAGGACCCAAAGCCCUUCCACAUAAAGGAAGAACAGGAGGAGGUCUGCACCAGUCUGGAGGUAGAGCAACUCCGUAGGAGGGAGACCAAUGUCAUCAGAUUUCCAGUCCUUGAUUCUCCCAUAAAGAGUGAGGAUGAUGAAGAGUCCCCUCUGUUCUCAAAGCUUUGUCAACCUAUAAAGGUAGACGGAUAUUUCCCAGAAAAAGAUGGUGGCGAAUCAACAAGGAAUCAAGACUGUGGAGAUGCUACUAACUCCUCAGGGACUGAAGUCAGUGAGGAUGAUGAAGAGGAUGAUGAUGCAGACUAUCCUGCAUUUCAGCUCAAACACUUGUUAGACACACAGCAGGAAACUAAGGUCAUGGACAAUGACCAUGAGGAACAGAUGGCUCCUGAGACGGGUGGAAACAAUGGCAACAAAUCUUUUGGCUACUCUGAGUUGGCCAAAAUAUUUGUUAGCCACCGCUCAAAAUCUAGCCUGAAAUGUAGUAGUGGUGAUUGUGGUGAAACAUUGAAUGGAAGCAAAACAUCAAACAGCCACCAGAAGAUCCACACAGGCGAGAAACCUUUCUGUUGUGAUAUUUGUGAGCGCAGACAUAACCAAAAGAAUUAUUUAAACGAACACAUGAGAACCCACACAGGUGAGAAAAGUUUUUGUUGUGAUCUUUGUGGAGAAACAUUUAGGCAUAAGGUAACAUUAACCAGACAUGCCAAAAUACACAGAGGUGAAAAACCUUUUUGCUGUGAAAUUUGUGGAAAAAUAUUUAAUCUAAAAUCAUUGUUAAACAAUCAUAGGAGUAUCCACACAGAUAAGAAACAUUAUGCCUGUCGUGUUUGUGGACAAACAUUUAAUGAAAAGUCCAUGUUAGAUGCACACAUUGGAAUCCAUACAGGACAGAAACCUUUUCCCUGUGAUAUUUGUGGAAACAGAUUUCGUGUAAAGAAACAUUUAAAUGAACACAUGAGAACCCACACAGGUGAGAAAAGGUUUUGUUGUGAUCUUUGUGGUAAAACAUUUGGCCAUAAGAUAACUCUAACUAGACAUGCAAGAAUACACACAGGGGAAAAGCCUUUUUGCUGUGAUAUUUGUGGAAAAAUAUUUAAUCUAAACUCAACAUUAAACAGUCACAGGAGGACCCACACAGGUGAGAAACCGUUUUGCUGUGAUCAUUGUGGAAAAAGAUUUAGUCAUAUAUCAAAUUUGAUCAAACACAGGAUUAUACACACUGAUGAAAAACCGUAUGGUUGUCAAGUUUGUGGACGUAAAUUCAAUCACAAAUCAUCGUUUAAUGCACACAUGAGAAUCCACACAGGGCAGAAACAUUUCUCCUGUGAUAUUUGUGGAAAGAGAUUUCGUCUAAAGAAGUAUUUAAAUGAACACAUGAGAACCCACACAGGCGAGAAACCUUUUUCUUGUGAUCUUUGUGGAAAAAGAUUUAAUCAAACAUCCACACUAAGAAGACACAGGAAGAUCCACACAGGAAAAACUUUCUCCAGUGAUAUUUGUACAGAAGGAUUUAGCCAAAAACAAACACCUGAGGAUUCACACUGAAAACGUCAGCAAUAAAUGAAUGGCCACUAUUUUUUGUUGCCGACUAAACUACUUAAGAUUUGCUUGACGAGACAGCCAAAUCCAGAGGCUACCGCCGCGGUAGAAGUUUGAAGAAAUAUUCUUGCUUUACACAACACAUAAUCUCAGGGAGCUCGCUGGAGGGUGGUUUUCUGUUUAAGUUGCUAAAGCUAGUUGCCAGAACACACUAGUAGUUUAAAUUACUUUUUUAGCAUGGAAUCAAUUUUGUCUGUUUGUUACAUCUAGCACAUCCAUCUUUCAGCUAACAUACGUUUGCUCACACACACCCUUAUACACGAGCAUAUACACACUGCUUAAUUGUGAUAUUGCUGCAUUGAGAAAUAUUUUGUCUUGCUAAUGACUUUUUGUUUUUGUAGUUUUACUUGAGAGUCAGAGUUAAUUGAUGCAUGCAUUUUAAGUGUAAAGUUUGGGUAUUGUAUUAAUAAAUUCUGGUGUGAUUUAAAGAGAA